AACUGAGCUUCUUAGUUCACUGAAAGUUUGGUGAUUAGUUGCUUUCAUAUGUGCAUAAAGGGAAUUCCAUGAGCUCUAAUUCUACCAAAUAAAUACCCAAUGACAGAUACUCAUCAUAGAACAAAAGACAUCAAUUACCAUUUUCAGAAGCCUCCUAGAAGGGAAAUAGGGAAUCCUUGCAAUGCCUGCUGAGUUCCAGAGUUGGAAGGGAAUCAAAGCCUUCACCUUCCAAACCCUCUCGGGGAGAUGGUUCAUGGUAUUUGCCUCCCUCCUGAUCAUGUCUGUCAACGGCACAAGCUACAUGUUCGGCCUCUACUCAGGAGACAUCAAAUCAUCACUAGGCUAUGAUCAAACCGCACUCAACACUCUCAGCUUUUACAAGGACUUGGGAGGCAACCUCGGGUUUCUAGCAGGCCUUAUCUACGAAAUCAUCCCACCAUGGAUGGUCAUCUCCAUCGGAUCAAUCAUGAACUUCUGCGGCUACUUCCUCAUCUGGUUAUCCAUCACCAGCCGAAUCCCAAACCCGCACCUCUGGCAAAUGUGCCUCUACAUGUGUAUCGCCACAAACGCUGCUUCCUACUCAAACACUGCAGCUUUGGUCACUUGUGUCAAGAACUUCCCCGAGAGCCGUGGCAGUGUGAUUGGCCUGCUGAAAGGGUUAAUUGGGCUGAGUGGAGCUAUCAUCACGCAGAUUUACCAUGCUUCAUAUGGGAACAAUUCCAGCUAUGCGAUCUUGCUCGUUGCUUGGCUACCCGCCAUUGUUCCCUUGCUGUUUCUGCCAGUCAUUCGAACCAUGAAAUUUGAUCGACACCAGAAGGAGCUGAAAGUUUUCUACCACUUCCUCUACGUUGCAAUUGGGAUUGCUGGUUUCAUCAUGAUUAUCAUCAUCAUUCAGAACAAGUUCAGUUUCAGAAGAGCCGAGUACAUCACAACAGCUUCAGUUGUUACCUUGGGAUUGCUUCUACCAUUGGCCAUUGUAGUCAGAGAAGAAUUCAAGCUAUGGAAGAGCAAGAAACAAGCAAUGAAUAGCCAAACAGAACUCAACAUCGUGGCUGAAAAUACAAUUCUGCAAGCAAUUAGUCCAAAUCCCCCAAAAUUGAAGCUAACACUAUUGACCUGGUUCACACAGAUAUUCAAUCAACCAGAAAGGGGAGAGGACUACAGCAUCUUACAAGCGGUUUUCAGCAUCGACAUGGUGAUCAUCUUAAUCUCGACGACUUGCGGCGUCGGAGGCGCGCUGGCGGCAAUCGACAAUCUAGGUCAGAUCGCCGCAUCUCUAGGCUACCAGAAGCGUACAAUUUCGACAUUCAUCUCGCUCGUAAGCAUAUGGAAUUUCCUCGGACGAGUCCUCGCCGGAUUCGCCUCGGAGAUCCUGCUAGCGAGACGGAAAUUCCCUCGACCGCUGCUUCUCUCCUUCGUGAUCUUGCUCUCCAGCGUCGGCCACCUCCUGAUCGCAUUCGGAGUCCCGAAUUCGCUCUACUUCUCGUCCAUCCUCGCCGGAUUCUGCCUAGGAGCGCAGCUGCCGCUGGUCUCCACCAUCAUCUCCGAGAUAUUCGGGCUCAAGCACUUCGCCACGCUGUACAGCGUCGGCUCAAUUUCCAGCCCCAUCGGGUCCCUGAUCUUCAACGUGAAAGUCGCUGGCCUUUUGUACGACGAAGAAGCUACGAAGCAAUUGGAACGAUUGGGGUUCGCGAGGGAGCCCGGUAAAGAGCUGAAGUGUGCCGGAGUGAGCUGCUUCCGCUCGGCGUUUCUCAUCAUCGCGGCUGCGAGUUUUCUAGGUUUUCUCGUUUCGAUCGGCUUGGUCUGGCGCACGAAGGAGUUUUACAAGAGCGACGUGUACGCGAAGUUCAGAGGAGAGAAUGAAGCUGCAUCUUCAAGCGAGGCUGGACAAGGCGCCGUAGAAACAGCGCCGGCGACCGGCGAUCUCAAGUAAAUUACGUAUGAUAUCCGACUCCAGGCCAAAGGCUGUGAGAACCGCGAAAUUUGGAAUCGGAAAUGGAGAAGAUUUGACGUGUUAAAAUUUUAAAAAUUAUACAAUUUUCUUUUACCCUGCUACAAUUUGCUUACUUCUGGACUUGGGCCGCUUGCUUUUAUGUAAUUAUGGGCCGACGAACUAACGAGUUUUUCUCUAUGGGCCUCAGUUGAGGGUAGAGGGCCAAGCCCAGCCCAACAAUCAGCAGUAAGGGUGUGUUUGGAUGUGCUCUUUUAGAACCACGGUCCACGGCGGCAAGAAGGUCAAUUUGACACUCCAACUUUCUUAAUUUAGCGACUUGGACGCAAAAACUUUAUACCGGGUCAAAUCGAUAAAUGAAAAACCAUAAUAGAAUUUAUUGAUCUGACGAUAAAUAUAGUCAUUUUGACACGUCAUAGACCACAUCAUCAUCUUUGUUUUAUCGGGUAUAUUUGAUUUUCCACGUGGGCUAGCGGUUGGUUCGUAUAGGCAUCAUCCGGCAUGAAAAAUGAGUUCCUUUUCACGGGCAAUAGUUGGACGGACGUCAUGAUCACUUACGUACAGAGCUUUAAUAGCUUUUUUCCAGCCGCAUGCAUGCAGAUUUUACCUGUUUUGUUGCGGCCAUACUAGUUGACGACGACUCGGCGCAGCUCUCUGAAAAGGUGGCCGAAUAUAGCCAGAUAAACUUGAACAAUAAGAUAUGGAUGACGAGGAACCGAAAACAACCUACAUCGAUCACAUUCAUACGUAACUGCAUACCUCAUGCAUGCAUUAUGCUUCAAAAAUACUUAAGUAUCGAAAGUAGGAUUCAGAACAAAAGGAGUUGAAAUGUAAAAAAAUAUCGUAACCAAUUAUCUCGUUCCUUUUUAGAGUCUAUGGAUAUGAUGACUUGCAAUUUAUCAUAAUUUGGAGAAAACAAUCUAUCUCUUUCACAAAGUGCUUAACCAUACUUGAGAAACUUUCCAUUUAUGUUUCCGCCUUUUUACAAAUUUUAACUAUCAUACUAGCAAAUGUAUAUAUUAAUAUUGGAUUCCUCGAAUUAUACAUGAAGAUGUCAUUAGUAAUGAUUCAUCAGCCGACCAGUUGUUGGAAGCGGUAGGCCGCUUGAUGCAAGAGGUAAUCAAAUUUUUUGAAUAGU